AGUUGACUACAGAGUGGAUAAAAAAGGCCAUGACACUUACCAGAGGGAAAAACAAACAAUCCAUGGACUUGUAGGGGCACAAGCUGGUACAAAGGUUAAGAAACUCACGUGCUUUCAGAUGAAAAGAGCAGGGAGAUCAGGGUAUAAAAGAGAGAUCCAAUCUCCCUCUGUGUGUCCCAUCCCUUGGGUCUGCCACUGUGUCCUACGUGUCUCUGGGCCAUUGAAAUCAACGCCAUGAAGAUCCUGGUCUUGUUGUUGGUUUGUCUACACCUCUCACAGGGUGUGGAAAGAAUCAUUCUGAAGAAAGGCAAGUCCAUCCGCCAGGUGAUGGAAGAGCGGGGUGUACUACAGACUUUCCUGAAGAACCACCCAAAGGUUGAUCCAGGUGCCAAGUAUCUUUUCAAUAAUGAUGCUGUUGCUUAUGAGCCCUUCACCAACUACCUGAAUUCCUACUACUUUGGAGAGAUCAGCAUUGGGACACCACCACAAAAUUUCCUGGUCCUCUUUGACACGGGUUCAUCCAACCUGUGGGUGCCCUCCACCUACUGCAAGAGCCAGGCCUGUUCCAAUCACAACACGUUCAACCCCAGCAUGUCUUCCACCUACCAAAACAAUGGGCAAACCUAUACACUAUACUAUGGAAGUGGCAGCCUGACUGUGCUCCUGGGAUAUGACACCGUCACUGUUCAGAACAUCGUCAUCCAUAACCAGGAGUUUGGUCUGAGUGAGAUUGAACCUAGCAACCCCUUCUACUAUGCAAAUUUUGAUGGUAUCCUGGGAAUGGCCUACCCCAACCUGGCGGUGGGGAAUAGCUCAACAGUCAUGGAGAGCAUGAUGCAGCAGGGCCAGCUCACCAGCCCCAUCUUCAGCUUCUACUUCUCUCGCCAACCAACCUAUGAGUAUGGUGGAGAGCUCAUCCUGGGAGGAAUGAACAGCCAAUUUUAUUCUGGUGAGAUCGUCUGGACUCCUGUCACCCGGGAACUGUACUGGCAGGUUGCCAUCGAUGAGUUUCUCGUUGGGAAUCAGCCCACCGGCUUGUGCUCCCAGGGCUGCCAGGCCAUUGUGGACACAGGGACCUACGUGCUGGCUGUGCCCCAGCAGUACAUGAACUCCUUCCUGCAGGCAACAGGAGCCGAGGUGUCUCAGUACGGUGAUUUUGUGGUCAACUGCAACUCCAUACAGAGCAUGCCCACCAUCACCUUCGUCAUCAGCGGGUCUCCUUUACCUCUGCCUCCCUCUGCCUAUGUCCUCAACAACAAUGGCUACUGCACCCUUGGGAUUGAGGCCACCUACCUGCCCUCCCCCAGUGGGCAGCCCCUGUGGACUCUGGGAGAUGUCUUCCUCAAGGAAUAUUACACUAUCUAUGACAUGGGCAACAAUAGAAUGGGCUUUGCCCUCUCUGUCUAGGCAGGUGAGAGGCAGCUGUCUCCACCCUCACUGCAGGACUCUGGGAUUACCCUACAGUUUCUCUGGGCUGACCGCAGCAUUUUAGACUAAUCUGACCCUUCUGUGCACUAGAGUCUUACUUCCUGCAACUAAUAA